CCUGGAUUUAUCAGUUUGUCCAAUAUUGUAGGAAAAGAAAUAAAGGAGCUGCUUUAAGUUCAGGAAGUAUUGGAGCAGUGCAUGGAGCCCAUUCCAGUCUGGAUUUCAACCCAGGACUCUCUUAUUGUAAGGCAGUGGGCUUAAACUCUACACCACACAGGUGACUAUCUGUUUUCAUGUUUUCAAUUUUCUUCUACUUUUCUGUUCAGUCUUGAAAUUUCAAAGCUUUUUCUCAACUCCUAACAGAUGAGCUCCAGCUUGGAUUCGAACCAUCUUGAUUUUAAGGCGGCAACCUUGACCACUACACCAGUAAGCUGCCUGUCAGGUCCACAAUUUAAAGGUUUCUCAUCUUCCCUGAUAAUUACGGUAAUUUUAAAAUUUUCCCAGCUGAAUGAAAUAAAAGAAACCCUCUGACUGGCUGAAUGAAAGGAGUGUUCUCAUUGGCCUGUUGAAAUCAGCAUCUUGAAGUCCUCUGAUUAACCACAGGACCACAUUUCUUUAAACUCCCUCAGUCAAAAAGUAGAGGUUAUAAGGGCUGUAGUGGUUAAAGCUGAUGCCCUCUACAUCAAAGAUUCUUGUUUUAAAAUCUGGACAGUCAUUUAAUGGUGCUUCUUGUAAACCAAAAUAUACAUUUUCACAAACAUCUAUCUUUAGCUUUGUUUUUUAUGGGCAUUAUCAGAAAAUGUAAGUAAAAAGCUCCUUGAAAGGUAAGUGUUUUGAGGUUAACCUGUAGUGCCUCUUCAAGAAAGGAAUCUUUGUUCAAAUCCAGGAUAGAGGCACUUUGUCAGUCAGGAACAAUUGUUUUCUUCACGUGUAGUUUGAGCUGUGCUUUCAAUCGCAAUUUUGAACUUCCACAGUCAAAAGCAGAGGUAAUAGGAACCUACAAAAGCAAACUCUGACAGGCAAACUUGUAGUUUAAUGGUGGAGGUUGCUGCCCCUCUAUGAAAAGAUUCUGGGUUUGGAUCAAGGACAGCCGUGCUUCAUGGGGUAAAUUGUUGUCCUCACAUUACCUGUCAAGCUGUGCUUAAUGAAAGGUGAAAUCAAAAGACCCUAAAACCACACAGGAACAGAUUUUACUCUGACGUAGUGGUGAAGAUCUCUGCCUGAAAGAUCCUAGUUUCAAAUCCUGGAGUGCCCAUGUAACGCACCAAAGAAACCCUUUCCUUAAAUGUUGUUUGAUAAAUGCUUUUAAAAAAGGAUGAUCAUAUGGUGAAAUGAAAAGAACAAAGGAAACACUGUCAACCAGUCCUGUGGUGAAAUGAUAAAGACUGCUGACUGUCAGUGAAAUGGUUCUGGGUUUGAUUCCAGUACAGGAUGAGAACCUGGUUCAAGCAAGGAGAGAUGAAGGAUGAAGUUGGGGAGAAAGAGUGAAAGAAGACGAAAAGAGGAGGAAAAAAUUUAACAAUAACUGAAGUACAGGGAAAAACACAUCCACCCCUAAGAGACAGGGAAGAGAGGCCCCUUUUAUCUGACCAAUCAGAGGGCUCCUUUUAUCCCGCCACUCAGUGACUUGCAAAUGUAAAUCAUAAAGUUAAGAAGCAUAAAACCACAGGUCUUGUUGACGUCUUAAGCAAAAAUACUUAAAGUUUAGUACUUCCAACAGCUUAAAAUAGGUGCAGUGUUAAACUAUAGAAAGCAGUGCAAUAUUAUUCAACUCUGCCUUUUUACAAAGUCAGUCCUAGUGGAAGAUAGUUUUUUUUUGCUUUUAAAAACAUUUAAAAACACUGAAAAGGUGCUAUUGUCUGUUGUGAAAAAACCUGUUAACAGCAGCGGAAACCGAAAUAAUAGCAAUAAACCUGAUGACAGGAGUUGACUAGAAGGGGUUUAGACUGAUCUGAUGUUUAGAUCAGUCAGCGUCUCCAUUAUGUUAUGAACCACUGUCAGGCUUCAAAACUGUUUUUCAUCCAUGUUUUACACAACUGCUAAACCAGUUCUAAUUAGCCUCAGCUGUUUUUUUCUGCUCGUUAGCAUCAUAUGUUGGCACCUCUAACCCCUAAUCACUCUGUUGUCAUAGUGUUGAUCCAGAUUUGUUUGUUCGAUGCUUCUUCUUUUUGGUUUUGUUUGUUUUUUGGGCUUCAACACUCUCUGUUUUCAUUGAUGUGCUUAUUUCCCUGAUGUUUAGGUAGCGUAUCACCUCCCAGCAGCCAUUUACUUUAACUGACACUCCAGGCUACUCCAGUACCCCCAUCCCUUGUUUUUCAAGGUGUUGCUGAUAUAUGGCCUCUCUCCUCGACACAGCUUUAAGCCCUAGAAUCAAAGUGAUUGAUAUCAAAACUAGAGGGGUGUUUGCUGUCAGCCUAAAACUAGAAAACAACACAUUACUUGUUAUUCUUAUACGACUCAUAUAGGCUAUAUUUCCCUCAGGUUUCCUGUGGUAAACGUAAGCUAUCUGUUGUGAAUCUUUGUAAAAGUGGACAGCAACAUAAACACAGCUCUGGUCUCUACAGUGAGAAAUGGUUUCAUCAGUUAUUGAUGACUAAACACUUCAGUUACACGCUGCUCAUUUGCCUUAAUUACAAUUGGAAUUGAUUCUGUCGGGAAUUUGUAUGUGCACUGGGUCUGUUGGACCACUGAGCCCAUUUUUCAUUUAGUCUUUGGAAGAUGUUAGAGGAAAGAAAAAAUGCCAAUUUCAUGUUCUGUUUAAUUGGCGUCUAUUGGGAGGCGGUCCUGAGUCAACCCCCCUGAGACUUGAUGGCUCCACAGCCUGCAGCUAAAGUCAGCUGUUUGCCCCCACUAUGGAGUCCUCAUUGAGUCACCUCUAGUAUGGCAUCAUGCUUUCUGCUUCUCUUAAGGAGUGAUGAUUUCACUUUAUGGUAUUUGUCGUCAUCCGCCCCCUUUUUCAUAAACGUAUGCCUCAGGACAGUCAUUAGAUAUUUGAAAGGUCUCACUGAGUCACUAAAAAAAGACACCGGUAUCAUGGACCUUUUGAGGUGGUAAAAGGGAACCAAAGAAGUGACAAUAAUUUUCUUUAAUUUGAAUUGAAACUAUAAAAAUUUAAGUGUAGUAUGAAACUUUUUCCAGAAAAAGAGGUGAAGUAAUAAUAUUUAUCGAACUGGAAGCAAAUGUCCAAAAAAAAAAAAAAAAAGACAACCUGUAAUGAAAUAGUAGCUAAAAAUAUUCAACCUAUUGAAUAAAACCUGAGAGAUUUCUGACAAUGACAAUCAUGUAAUAAGUUGGAAACCCCAACGUCAUUCCCCAUCAGCUCCUCUUAGUUUUAAAUUAAUGUUAUUGAUUAACUGGAGGGAAAAGAGAGAAUACACAGGGGAUAGUGAAGGGAUGCUCACCAAAUCCCGGUGUGGCUUGCCUUUUUUGUUGUGACGUAAAUAUCAUGGCCUGAAUCAUUCCUUGAGCUAUUGACGCUUGUCACACUAUCCAUCAGAGUUACCUAAAGCUGCUAUUGCAAGCUCACUCAUAAAUACAUCAGACUGUGGGAUAUUACUGUAAAUAGCUGAAGUGAUGCUGUUAGCAGCACACAACCACGUGAGGUAUUAAGGCUUGAGGGACAUUAAAAGAAUCCCUGACUCUUCACAAAGACUUGGUAUGUGUUAAUCGCACACUGAGUAAUUUGAUUGGACAAGACACGGUGCACUCCAUUCAUGCUGAUACACAGUAUGACAGCACUGUUACUUUAAAGUUAAUGUUUCACACUGCCUCAGGAUUGAUGAUCCAAGUCUUAUUCCCCCUUAUGCAUCAUAUACAUGAUAUAGAAAGUCUGCAGAGAAGGUUUGGGCUGUCUGAUGAUUGUCUAGUCCUGGUCAAGGAGCUAAACCAGUUGUGUUCUUAGAUCACAAUUGAAGGAUAAAAAAUAUUUUAAAAAUGACUAAUCUUAACCUUGUUCAUUAUGACACUUGUAGAAUUGUUGCAUUAGAGCAAUAUUACUCAAGGUUGUGGUGUUAUACUAAAUACUAGCAUGUAGGGCAGGGCAAUAAAACAAUAACGAAAUAUACCGAAAAUUAAUUUCCCCUCAAUAUCAAUAUAAAACAUGGUCAAUAUCCUUUUCAAUAGUCGGCAUUCUGCCAUGUUUUGGUAGACUACGAUAAUAGCUAAUGAAAAGGGCAUGGUUGGUUCAGCACCAAUCGUGUGCUGAGUUAGAACCAAGAUGCAAACAACUGCGUAGUAGCAGGCAGCAGCAACACGCAACCAUAGCACUGAAACACAUGAAGCCGACAGCACUGUUGGUGAAAAAAAAGAAACUGAGUGCAGAAAUGCAGAUAAAGACUCAACAGAUGAUGACAUUGUUGACAACAAUGGCACAAAAACAUCAGUGGUGUGGAGGUAUUUUGUUUUUUUGAGGUCGGACAUGAAGCAGAGUAAUGUGCAUUGUAAAUUGUGUGGAGUAUAUGUUCUCACAAAGUUGGGGAAUACCUCAAAUCUUUUUCACCAUCUGAAGAAGUGCUCUGCGGCAGAACAGGCGCAAUGCAAAAGGUCGCAAACCCCAAGCAGAGCAAGGAGCCUAUGGUGCCUGUGCAGCAGAAACAGCCGACCAUUCAGUCCGUUUUCUCUAGUCCAAUGCCUCACAACAAAACGCCGAAGAGACACAAAGACCUCACAGAUGCAGUAACUUAUUGUUUUGCAAAAGACAUGCUACCAAUGAGCACUGUUAAAUUUCAUUUUUUAUAUCAUGAUACAUAUCGACUGAUAUGAAAAAAAAAUAUCGUGAUAAACUUUUCCCAUAUCGCCCAGCCCUACUAGCAUGACAAUCAUUACCUUCUACCAGAGGUCAAAGCCACACUGAUGUUCAGUACACCAGCACAAGCAUGACUGCAAUACUCGUUUAGUGUAUCAUUCUUUUCUAAUUAGGCAUCUCCAGCAUCUGACUGACAAUAGACCCUUUUGGAGUCAUUUAUAUGCACAUGAAUUACCACACUGUAGUAGUAGGAAUCCAUCAACCCCCAUUUUUUCCUCCUGUACUGUGCAAACAGACUGGUCUGCCUGCCUGGAAAGCACUCUGCUCAUAUUAGUGGCUCCCCCACUCUGGAGAUAAGGCUAAAUAAAAACGCAUCAUCAUUUCCCCCUUUCUGUCCAUGAUGGCAGGAAGGAGUCAGACAUCCUCCUGGGAGAUUGCUCUUACACUGGAGUGGACUUUUUGUACGUGUGUGUGUAAUCGUCUUUUCAUAUUUGGACUAGGCAGCAUGUGUCAUGCAAAUGGAAAGGGUGCUGGUUUAAAGUGAAGGCAGGUUUAGGAAAAAGGCUUUUAGAGCUCCAUCUGAGUUAGGUAGAUGCGGCUGAUAGGUAGACUUCUAACACCAUGAUUUGUUCAAGUUAGAGCUCUAUGCAAGAAAAUAGAAGUUAUAUAAUUUUUCCGUUUUCCUAACUCAAAGUGAUGGACAUGAGCAGUGUGUGUGUAGGAAAAGUUGGUCAAACUCAUUGGUAGGAGAGAAAAAAGUUUUUUAAAUCAGUAGCCUCCUACCGGUCUCAUUAUCUUCACCUUGAUGGCAACUCAAACACUUCUUCCUCUACAGGGGCCCAAACUGCUCUUCAGGAGUGCAUUAGCUGGGUUUUAUUGGACUGUGAAAAACCUUAACUGUCUGCCCUUUCCCUUAUCUGGGCCCUGUUAUUUUCCCAGUGUUUGCCUUCAAAACACUGGAGAUAGCUAAUGAGUUUUUCUUGUGCAUAUUGUUGUUUCUUGUCAUUGACUUUUAUUGCCUGUAGAGUGAAGAAAGAGAGGCUGGUUACUGAGGCAGAAUUAACUAAAUGUUCAGGAUAGCCACUGUUAGCUGUGAUUACAUCGGAGGGGAAACAUAUCAGUUACCUUGAAUGGAAGAUUAUUCAUCCAUUAUUUAACAACUUUAAGCUAUCCCCCACUUAAACCCAACUCAACAGAACGUCAAAGCCAUCGUACAUUCAUUCAUUUCCACUUCUAUUUCCUUUUUACCAUUUAGUAAUUAUCCUUAAAUAUCAGUUUGAAUUAUGGUACAAUAAUUGCACAGAAAUGGUCAGCCCAAUCAAUUUGUAAUACCACAAUCCGUUCCCAGCCUCUAAAGUGCACACAAUUUAACAGCCUGUUUAUUGUCCACGGCUGCAGCAGCUCUGCAGAGGCUGUCAGCGGGGAUUUAUGUCCAAAUCAAGGUGUGUUUUUGACAAGGGCUUAGGGACGGACAAAGAAAAAGCAUUGUUUUUACGACGCUGUAAACAGCAGUUGAGACGAGAGGUCAUAGUUUCCCUGAGGGGGCCAACAGGACAACAGGUAGUGUGCUGCUAUGCUAUAGGGCACCCUGACAGUUUCUUUAAUUAAUCUCAUACAUCGCUGAUGUAUGCCUUCUGCCUUCCUUCCUUUUUGUCUUCUAAACAUUUUAAACUGUUUUUGUUGCAAAAAUUGAAUGAAUAUUGAAGUGAAUUUUACAACCUGUAAAAUUUAUCAUGAGCUAAACAGAGUCAAACUACACUUUCCACAAAAUAAGGAAAUAUUUAAAAAGACAGAGUAAAUUAUUUAAUGAUGUUGUACAUUUUUAAGAGGAAUGAUAGCUCAACACCAAAUAAUGUUUUUUUUUUCUUUCACAUUGAACUGACCACCAUGAAGAUAAUCUGACUGCCUGGAACUCUAAAGUGAAAGUCAGUUACUGUUUAUAAUGGACAUAUUUUGGCCCUGUCCAGCAGUAAGAAAAAAGGCCAUAUUUAAAGACAUUUUAUUACUUUGGUUGAUAUGUGUUAAAAACUUGGCGCAUCAUAAGAGGCCUAAGUGUAACAGAUCACAAACAGUAUUCCUCAAAUGUUGGGCUCAGAGUGGGAAAACACAAUCCUGAUCUGAUCAUACAGAUUUGUUUAAGGCUGUAAAUCUUCAAUGUUGUCUUCAUUUUAACGCUCCUCGAUUAUAAACAGGUGUAGUGAAAGUCUGGAGGCCUAUCUGGUCUUAUGUUGGGGUAAAUUAUAAUAUUUAAAAAGUUAUUGGCUAAUUUAAGACAACAGCUAGCUUUGGCAAUCACCCACUUCCUAACAAACAUGAUAAUUUGGUAAUUCUACAUAAUAUGAUAAGGAAGGCAUUCAUUUUUUUGCUAACAGUAAGGUUAAGUGAGGAAUCUGAACGAAGGCUGAUGUGUCUCAGCAGUGAGAACUCACGAGUAGCCAAAUAUUUUGAUUUUUUCAAUGUUGGGAUCCACCUAAUGUCUAGCCAACAUAAAUGUGCCAGUUGUCUGAGAAAUUUGUGCUUUUCUUUUCGUUUCUUUUAUCAGUUUUCAACUGUAAAGCAUCUAGUUCAGUUCAGCUUGUACAGGUAGCUGGUAUAAUGGGUUUUAAUACUACGGGUUGCUUUUGCUUAGUAGCUCAUGGGUUAUCAAGUAAACUGUUUUUAUCUUGAAAUGUGGCUAACAUACCAGACAUCCACUUUUUAGUGUCAUUUGAGACUUUGAUUAACCAAAUGGUGGGAAGAUGAUAGCAACUUUGUAUUGCAUUUCAAUAAUUUUACACUUGAGUUAUUGGAGGGAUGUGACUGCUAUGUAAAUUUGGUGAAUUAUCACUUCUGGGGAAAUUUUGCAAUGUGGAGACUCUUUUGGCUUUAAGAAGUUGGCUGGAAAAAUAGCUUUAACUCAAGGAGCUAAAGCUCCAGAGUCCAUGAUCUAAUCCCUCUUUGAUACCAAGACCCAUGUUUUUUAGAGGCACUAGGAGACACAUUUACUUGUGUUAGAAAAAGCCAGUCUAGCUGCCUUAUUUGGAACUACACAGGUGUGUUACCAUUAAAACACUUGCUGCAACAUAAAACAAACAGAUUUGGGAAAAAGCCACAGUAUUGGAUUACUUGUUGAAUUAAAAAGGAAUAAAAAAUCUGUCUCAGCAGGGAAAAAAACUAUGAAGCAGACCGCACAGCAUUAGUGUCCAGACAAACAGUUGGCUGGUGUCACUGUGCUUCCAUAGAGGAAACAUAAACUAGGAGAAACUUGGCCCAAAAAUCAUUAUGCAGAACAAUUUAAUAAUGCAGUCCAAAGGAAACAAAAUACUCAUUUUAGUUUUACUACAGACAUUAAACUGUGUCCUGUGUGUAUACAUACUGACAAGGACAAUGCAUGUGCCCCUCAGCAUGUGCCACACACACACACACACACACACACACACACACACACACACACACACACACACACACACACACACACACACGACAUAAAAGAGAUCACUGCACCUGUACUGUUGGAUAAGAGACAACUUCAAGCUUCAUGAAGUGUACAGCAGACCGUAAAGAUACAAGAUAAACAGGAGCCACUGCACAGGCCAUAAAAUUACAUUAAAGUCAGCUUUAGCACUGGAGGACUAAAAGCUGUUUGUGCACAUGAUGUCUCUGUUAGAGUGUGUCUCAUGUCAACCCAGCAUCAAACACACCCUCAGAGCCUCCGCGGGGUUAUGGAUCUGGUGAUAAAAAUCAUAUUUGGUUCAGCAACACCUCCAUGAAUCACUGAAUUCGAUGGUAAGAGAGUUACUGCUGUGAAAACACAAGAGUGUGAACCACAAUGGCAUUAUUGAUUCAUGGAUGCUGCAGCUUAUGACCUCCACCUCCACAUCAUGAUAAUGGUUUUAUCACCAUCUGAAUAAUACAUGCAAGAAUGAUGAGAGCAUGGAGGGCCAAAGGUGAAAGGGCCAGUGGUCGGACAAGUUAACCCACGUCAUCCCUGGGAAAUAUACUUCAUAUGAACAAUGUAUGCUGUUCGUCUGUUUUCUUUUGAAUAAAUACUGAAGAGAAAAAGUUGUGAAACCGUUUUAGAUGAGCCCAGCUUUGAUUUAGGUUGCUGCACAAACUGAUAUCCACUCCAUCUUUGGCGCGCCUGUUCAUUAACUACCAGAGAACAGAGCAGAUUGAAGUCAAUAAAACUAUUGGCUGAUACUGAUUAAAAGAGUCUCCAUGCACUGCAAAAGAUUCACCAGAAUUAAUUAAUUUAAAAAAACCCAAGAAGUCAAUCGACCAAUAAGUCACGAUGAUAUCACUGUCAUGUGACUUUAACUUUGCAUUCUGGGUUCACUUAGAAAUUUUUAUUUGUGUGAAAACUUGGAAAAAAACUGACGAAUAGCAGUCUUUGCAGGUUCUGUUGUUCUCGCCUAACUUAUGUGAAAAGGGGCUCGAUAUUUUGAAGAUUUACAAACUUAAUGAACUAAAUAAAGACAUUCUGACUUUAUUCGAUGAGUUAACCCUUAAUAUAUCAUCGGUAGCCAGUAUGGACCAAAUCAGCUAGGAGGACAGAUUUAUUUUAUAAGCAUGCAUUUGGUAAACCUCUUUUUUAAAUAAAGAAUUGUAUGUUUUAAAGUUAAUAUUCAUGAUAUUAGCAAAAUUAGCAACAUGUCAGAACAUUAGCUUCUUUUUGUUUUGUCAUGAAGUAAAUGGAUGUUGUAAUUUAAAUUACAUGAUUGUUUUCAGUGAGUUUGCAUUGUGUGUUUUUGUCAAGAUUGCUAUUAUUAUCCUGUAGUUAAAUGAUAGUAAGCACACUACGGUAUUUUCCAUAUGAAAGGUGCAUUUUUGUUAGGAAUAUUAAAGCAUAAUAGAGAUGAAAUAUACACAGUUGAAACAUUCAUCCAUUUUAGAUUUACUGCAAUUUGUUCUCAUUCUUGACAAACUGAAAUCGUUGAUAUUGUUGAAACCUGAGCUAUUCCUUCUUCCAGAAAAUGAGAUGGCCCUUUUUAAAAGCUUGAUUGGAGAAAUGAUUACAUCGAGGCCGAAUACAGGACUAUGCCAACAUAUUUUCUUGUAAAUAGCCUACUGCAUGCUUUUUUCGUAGUAUUACGAGAUAAGUUGCUCAUCCCUCUCACUCUGUAUCUAAACGUUUCCUCUGCUGAUGUGGUUACUUGAUGUCUCCAUAGAAUAGAUAUUGACUCAGACCAGGUAUAAAAUAAAUAAGCUAGUAAACCAUAAGAUUUACAGUAGCAGACAUGGCGCUCACUGGGCUGCAGCUUAUGCUGCCUUUAACCUGUGGGAUUUGAGGUCGUAAACAUAGUGGGGACUAUUUUAUGGGCUCAUGGCGCUGUUCGUGGUGCUGAAGAGGCAGCAAAGACAUCCCAGUGUCUGCCUCUAUUCUUCUUCUUUCUCUCUCUUUUCAAUUUUAUUUCUAUUUUUAUUUUUUAUCUUUCUCAAAUGCUCUCUAUGUGUACUACGAAAAAUAAACCACUCAUAGAAAGGCAGCUGAUAAAUUGAAAAACAAUGCAGGCUUCAAACCGGCAUAAUCUACCCUCAACACAUAAAGUAGCCUUCACUUUUUAAACCUGUGAAAUCUGCGUCAUUUAGCUCUCAAUGUAUUUACAUGAAAAUGAACAUCCGGAUUUGGCUUUAGUCAAUAAUUGGACCAGAGACUAGACUAAUCUUAAUUGACUUUUAUUUAUUUUUCAGAGAUAAGUUCCCCAUCACGCGCUCCUGCUGGAGUAAGGGGUGUGGUUAACUGUUGCUCAGUGCGCAUCAGGUAUCCGUCUCCCUCUAUAAAACCCUGAGAGACCAGAGCAGAGCAGAAAGACAGGGGGACAGCCUAGGUGACUACAACACGACGCAACUAUCCAACAAAGUAAGUUCUCCUACUUUUCUGUCACUUGAAUACAGCCAAGGUCUGAUCGUUUCGUAUUCUUGAGAGAUUUUUUACAGGAUAUAUCUUAAACUUCACAUCCAUUGUUGUAUUUUCAUAUAUUAGGACUUUGGUGCAUUGAAGUAAAAUCUACAUGGACUUUCUGACAUAACAAAAGUUCUUCUUUUCUUCAAAUGUGAAUUUUCCGGAGAGAUCCUACCUUGGCGUGUGUGUCUCUCUCUCUCUCCUCAGAUGGCCAACUUGCUGAGAUCGUGGGUGAUGCUUUCAGCGCUCGUGCUCUGUCUGCUGGUGUGUCUGAGCAGCUUUGCGGACGCUUAUCCUCCCAAACCGGAGAGUCCGGGAAACAACGCGUCUCCGGAGGACUGGGCCAAAUACCACGCAGCUGUCAGACACUAUGUCAACCUUAUCACUAGACAGAGGUAAGCCUGCUCUACAAAUCUCGUUUAGUGCACAUCAGAAACUCAUCUUUGCUUUCCUAAUGCUGCUUUUUUACCAGAUAGUGCGCGAAUUUCUUCAGCAGAGUACUUUGAUCAGAGUUGAAUCAACAGUGUGUGAACAUCUCAGGGGCAUAAGAAGUCAAGCAGUGUUCAGUUAACCUACAUGACUCACUGGAGGUGGGGCAGUGCUGCACAAACCUUGAGAUGGUUGAGACAUGAAUGGUUGAAAUCCAAGUUAGAAAAGGGAGAAGCACCUCACCUUAUGAUAGGACUUUACUUUUACAAGAAAAGGCUUCUAUCACAAAUGAAAACUCUUAAUAGCUUUAUUCUAACAAUACAUUGUUAGACUUGUUACAAUACAUAAUAAGUUCUAUUUGAGAAUAGAGCUUGGUUGUCUCGAAAUGUACACAUUUCCGGACCAGAUAAGAUCUUGCAGUUGUUUUGUGACACCCUUCAUUUUAGUCACAGACGUACUUUAACACCUGAAAUCCUGAUAGAGAAGAUUUAAUGGGAAGAGGUUUUGUUCACCCUGUGAAUGCAGCAAAGAGGAUGGUUUGUACAAUUUUUGUUUGUAGUUCUUAAUCUCCAGAAUAUGACAAGCUCGUAUUGCUGGUUAAAAUUUGUAGCAGAUUGGUGCAAGAAGUGUGUAACAUGAAAUAACUAAGUUUCCAGGUGGGCAAACUGAAAGGUGUAUUUUUACCAUGUACAGCCAUACUGAUGCUCCUGUUCUGUAAUUAAACCGUCUGGAUUGGUUAUUGGGCUUAACCCACUCCCAGUUUGGUGCUUAAACAAAGACAAGUUUAUUCUUUAGUGGCCAGACAUUGAUUUUAGCAAAGACGCUCGAAAAGACAAAGUCUGAGGAGCACAAUGGGUUUACUUGGCUGGACCUCGGGCUGUGAACUUGAAAAAUCUCCUCUUUUCUCAGAUAAUUGCUCUGCUGAUUUGUGAUUGGAGCAUCCAGACAUAGGAGAGGGAAGAUUUCUGAUAAACUCAGCAGGGUGUGUGACACCAUUUCACCUUGUUCACAGCUUGAUGAUUCUAAGAAAAAAGAGAAGAAAAGGCAAGAUGGCCCAUUGUUAAAAUUCAUUGCAAGGCUGAUGGACUCUGGAGCUCUUGGUAAAAUGCAGACAGAGUGAUGGCUGUUGAGCAGAGAGGGGGUUCUACAUGAAUAUAUAUCUCCAACUAGCAUUUACCUGCAGGGCUUUUCAUUUUCUGCAGGUAUGGGAAGAGGUCGACCCCAGAGCAGGCGAUGGCUUGGCUGCUGUUUGGUGGUGAUACAAACCAAGACACUGAACCAAGGUAAAAGAAAACAUGUCCGGUACGAUCAUGAUGAGCUUCUAAAGGUCAAUACUACUAAUAAUAGUAAUAUUCAUACUAAUACUAGUGUCGGUUGCUUAAAUUGGCACAAAACAUCAUUUGUGUGCCAAGAAUUUUUAACAUUCUAAAGAUAGGAAAAGUCUUUAAAGAUAAACCAAUUCCUUUUACUUUGUCAAACAAAGAAAUGAAGAAAAAGACAUUGCAGAUCUAAAAGCUGUUUUCACAUGUCUGGCUUCAUCACAUUGGACUUUGACAGACUGACAUUUGAAGCUGUAAUUCGAUACGAAGAAUAGCACAUACUAUUAUUUUGUCUGUUUUAUCUGAGUACCUGCCUUUGGACUAUGGAUGCAUCAUCCCGGUUAAAUGAAGUCAGUAAAAGAAACUUCAAAAAUGUAUCAAGAUUAAAAAUCUGUUUUAACUUGCCAGUAGUCUUUAGUAAAAGUUGCACAUAUGACUGCAUGAAUGUAGAAUGACAGAUAUUUUAUAAAAUAUCUUAUAUUUUAUAAAAUAUCUGUGGCAUGGCACAACCAAUAACGGCUCUACAAAGUGACAUAUUGUUUAAUCACUAUGAACCUCCCUGCUUUAUGAUGCACUUCGUGAAGUACUUGAAAAUAUAAUUUUCCACUUCAAGUGAGUAUUGAUUCGCAUUUAUUUAGCUGUAGAUUCAAACGGGGUAUUGAUUAUGUCAUCAAUGUGAUGUCACUAUUAAAUGGUCAGCAUGACUUCUGUUGGAGCCAAAAUCAACCACAUAUUAGGACAUGACAGUCAAGUUUAAAUCAAUCCAUUAGUUUAUGAUUUCUCUUUCCCUUUUCCUACAGCUCCGACUAUGGUGAUCAGUGGUAAAUGAACCCAGUGUUAACCCUUACCCAGAUGACUUCACCCCAGAUCUUUUGAUUUGCCAACAAUCCAAAAAUGCUACAAGGCUUCAAAGACAACCUGCACCUGACUCCAGGACUCUCCACAUUUGAUUAUUUAAUGUGCAUGCAAAUCUCCUUUUUUCUGUUUGUCUUCCUCUCUCAGUAAACCUGUUUGUUCCUUGGCCAAAAAUGUAAAUAAUUUAUAUAAAAAUCAAUCACUUUACAAUAAAGAAUUUCAGUGGAAUAAAAGUAUUAAAUAGUCAAAAAUGAAA